GCCACGCCGGCCGCGCGCAGGGGAGGGGGCGGGGAGUCGCGCACGCGCACCAGUCGGCGGCGCGCACCGAGCGGGGGGCACCGCGCGGGUGCAGCCACGAUGGAAGGGGGUGCGUACGGAGCGGGCAAAGCCGGGGGCGCCUUUGACCCCUACACCCUGAUCCGGCAGCCGCACACCAUCCUGCGCGUCGUAUCUUGGCUGUUCUCCAUCGUGGUGUUCGGCUCCAUCGUGAACGAGGGCUACCUCAACAGUGCCUCGGAGGGUGAGGAGUUCUGCAUCUACAACCGCAACCCCAACGCCUGCAGCUACGGCGUGGCUGUGGGCGUGCUCGCCUUCCUCACCUGCCUGCUCUACCUGGCCCUGGACGUGUACUUCCCACAGAUCAGCAGUGUCAAGGACCGCAAGAAGGCCGUCCUGUCCGACAUUGGCGUCUCGGCCUUCUGGGCCUUCCUCUGGUUCGUGGGCUUCUGCUACCUGGCCAACCAGUGGCAGGUCUCCAAGCCCAAGGACAACCCGCUGAACGAAGGGACGGACGCGGCCCGGGCCGCCAUUGCCUUCUCCUUUUUCUCCAUCUUCACUUGGGCGGGCCAGGCUGUGCUGGCCUUCCAGCGGUACCAGAUUGGCGCCGACUCGGCCCUCUUCUCCCAGGACUACAUGGACCCCAGCCAGGACUCCAGCAUGCCUUACGCCCCAUACGUGGAGCCCAGUGCCGGGCCGGACCCCGCCAGCAUGGGUGGCACCUACCAGCAGCCAGCCAACGCCUUCGACGCCGAGCCCCAGGGCUACCAGUCGCAGGGUUACUGAGCCACAGUGAAGUCUGUCCUCCAACUGCCCCUAUGCCUGCACUCACCCUCUUCCCUCUGCACCCAACCCCCUUCUCACUCCCAGGCCACCCUGCCCAGCAGCUCAUCUGCCUCGGAGUUGUCCCACUGAGGUCCAGGGUAGCUUGGGAUGGGGGUGGGGUAGUCAGGUGUUGGGGGGUGUCUACAUGUGUGUGCAAGUGUGUCUGAGGGAAUGUGCCUGGCAAGGGCCUGGAGGGUGGGUGCCGGGGUGUUUGUAUUCGCACAUUGUGUCAUCGAGCAUUCAUUGGGCGCCUACUGUCUGUCAGCCUCUGCUCACAUGGGUGAUGAAAGAGGCAGAAAUGGUCCCUGGAAAGGGGAGAGAUAAGGUGUGGAAGAGGUAGGGAUGGUGGGAAAGACCGUGGCUCAGUUGCAGGACCCUGGGGCUGUCACCUCCAGACCUUCUUGACUUCAUAGCAGUCUAGCCAGGAGUGUCAGGGCUAUCUCCAUUUUAUGGUUGAGGAAACCGAAGUCUGGGGAGGUCAGAGUCACUCGCCCAGGAAACCUCUGUGGAAGUGGGCCAAGCCCUGGCACCUAAUGGCAAGGCGUCGGCUCUUUCCUGGCCUCCCACCUCCUCCCUCCCAAGCUUGUGGCUCAGUGUUACUAACACAGGAGACCUGAGGGACCUCAGCCCCUUGAGACACCAUGAUUCUGUUGCCAGCUAAGGGCCUGUUCUGCCCUAGCUGUCCCCCGCCCCCAAGGGAUGACCUUGCCUGGUGUCCCUCAGUCCACAUCCCCACUGGCCCCUGCCCCUGGCCACCUCUGAGAGGGCCUGUCCUACUUGUUUGUUUCCGUGUACUGCUCUAUGUCUACGCAUCCCACAGGGAGCUCAGUCCAGGAAGCUCUGGCUAUUCCCAUGACCUUCCAAAGGACUGGUCACCGAAUCUGCAUCUAGUAGGACUUGCUGAGCCCUUGUCUGGGGCUGGGUGGGUGAGGAGGCCCAGUUGGGGUGUGAUUGGCCCAAGAGUGCAGUGAGUGAGUGGCAAAGCUGGGCUUGUUGCCCAGGUUUCUUGGCCCCAGCCACCUAAUAGGUACCCCCACUGUCUGCCCUUGUGACCUCCCAGGAAACAGAAUGGAUCUGGGACACUAUGUCAAUCUUUCCUGUCAUCUGGUGUCAGUUAGGGGAUUGGGGGCUGGAGCAGCAAGGGCAUGGGAUGUUCCUCCCCGGCCUUUCCAAAGGCCCACUGAGAGCCAGCCUUCCUACGGGAGGCAGAGUGGAGAGGAUAGGGCUUUGGAAUUAGCAAGGUCAGCUUGCAAGCAUAGCCAUGGGGGUGCACUGCCUCCAAUAUGACACGGGUGAGAGCCCUGCUUGGUAGGCCAGGGAAGACCACGGGCUGUAGGAGAAAGGAUAGCAGGUAACUCCAAAGGCACAAAGAUGGUUGUGGAGCCUAAGGGAGAGGUGGCUCCUUCCAAUCAGGGGCAGGGAGGGAUUCUUACAUAUGGUGGGCUCUUUGCUGAGCCUUAAGGGAUAGGGAGAGAACUGGAGGCCCAGCCCCUGGCUGGCCCCUCAGGGAGCAGAGCAGAAGGGGUGGAGGAUUUGGCACAGUGUUGGGUGUUUCCACCACCAUCACUCCAUCCCCCUCCUAAGAAUGUUUGUUCAUUUGGCACUUUUGGUAUGUAUGGUCCCGGCACUUGAAGAACUUCCAGUCCACCGGGGAAGGUGAAUACUAAAAUAAUAGUACAAAGAGUCCAUUAUAGGUGGAAAGCACUAAACAGGCACAGGCUUGACGCUCCCCUGAAUACUGGCCCUAAGGAUGGACAAGAGUUAAGGGAAGAAGGAACUUCUACGUGGAGAAGUAGAAUCAUUGUCUUCAUUUAAUGAAGGGGAAACUGAGGCUCUGUGAGCACAAGGAAGUUAGCAGUGGAGUACAGAUCUGAACUCCAGUCUGAGUCCUCCCAAGGGGCAGCAGUAAUGGAAGGGGACCCCACAUAGCUGAGUGACAGCUGGUUGCUGCUGGCUUUAUUUUCCAUAUCUGGGAAAGGGGCCUCAUCUAUGGUCUGCCCCCUGGGUGGCCCAAGUGGGGAGACAGCACAGGUGAGUUAUCUGCUACCCUGAGCAGUGAAACCUUGACCAGGCCAGAGGUGAAGGUGGGUGCAGGAAUGUUUCUGGCAGAGGGAAGUUCUAUAUCCAUAACAGGAACCUGUGAGAGGUCCUGCCCCUUGCCCACUCCCACCAAGAUCCUCUUCUGCUAAUGAGCUUUAGAAGACCUCAGGGUGCAACCCACCCAGCUGCUGGUGAUCUUAGGUCACAGGGCAGGGCACUAGUUAAGCUUUGCCUAGUCCUGUAUAGACACUGCAUUUACUAUAGACCCUCCCUGCCAACCCCGGCUAGGAAAGUUUGCAGGACUCCAACAGGAAGUAAGCAUCUCUCACUCUUCCCAGGGUAUGGCCCAGAAGUGCACCCCAGGCAUGAUCCUGCCACCAGGCUGAGCCCUGUCAGGGACCUGCCCAUGAUGGAAAUGAGAGAUGGGGUAAGAGAUGUUCAAGGGCAGGAUUUGGAUGAGACCCUGGGCUCCUUCCUGACUGCCACUGAGAGGUUAAUGAGAAGCCCACUCCUAUUGGCUAAGGACAGCCCCCUAGGGGUCCCAAGGCCAUCCACAGGCCAGUGCUAUCCCAUGUCCCCUUUCCCCUCUCUGCUGCCUUCUCUGCUUCUCCUUUGCUCUCUUGCUCCCAAACCUUUUCUUGGAAAAGGACCCGUGUCAGCCUGACCUUGCAGAGUUUGGGCUCCGUCUUCCCCAUCAAGCACAAGAGAAGGUCCAGGAAACUGGGAUUCCACUCAAGUUCAGAGCUGCGAAGAUCCUUAGAGACAGCAGAGUCUGGGGCAGGCAGAUAGAGACUUGUCCAAGGUCAAGCACAGAGUGAGAGGUUCAGGAGCCAGGUCUUCUGCUUUCGGAGUUAACACCCUGUGCAAUUACAGAUGGGUCUUGUCUGGUGUUUCCUUAGCCACCUAUAAGAGUGGAGCUAAUUCCCAGGGGACUAUGGUGAUUCUUGAUCUUCAAAGAUUCUUGGGGGCCCUAGGUUUCCUCAAGUAAGCAAGAAUCCUCACCUGUUAGCCCUGGAAGACCCCCCCACCCCCAACCUUGACCCAAGACCCUUUUGGUUCUCUGAGGAGCACAAGGGGGGCACCCUUCCCAAGAAUUUAUGGGAGGAUAACUGGUCCAGCUGUCUCCCAGCGCUGCCCCGACCUAACUCUUCCCAUCCCUUGGUGCCCACAGCCCUUGUCUGGGUACCCUGGCCCCUCCCGCAGCGUUACUGCCUGUGUAUAGUAUAAAUAUAUAUAUUUUCUAUAUAUAAAAUGUAUAAUAUAAGGCUCCACAAAUAUAUGUGUGUGUGCGUGUGUGUGGUGAAGGGUGGUCCCCAUCCUAGGCUCCCUCUCCAAAACCCCCAACACCUGGUUAAGUCUCUCAAGAGUGAGUUCAGUGACCUCAUGGCACCCUCGUUUAUGACAUCCAUCCAUUCGUGGUGAACCAAGUGAAGGUGGUGACUUCUGGUGACCCAGUAAUAAAGUGAAGACUCAGAACCCA